AUGGAGUCCCUUAGCGGCGCAAUUGAGGAGCAGCGCCGAACUCAAACCCAUCUCACUCGAAUCCAGACUAACUUCGAGUCUAAGCAAUCGUCUGAGAUCUCGAGAGGUUAUGUUCAGAGUCUUCUCGCGGAGAUUGAUACUAUCUUCCAGGACUUUAAGCGCGGCCAUGAACAAAUCUACACUCUUAUUCGCAACGCAUCGCUUGACGAGGACGACAUUCCUUAUCUGAAGGAGGAAGUUUUCUAUACCUGCUACGAUUUAUAUAUCGCCUUUAAGUCUACCUUACUUGAUCGACAAAAUGACCUCGCGCCAUGGCCGUCGCCGCUCGCGCACGCAAGCACCUUCGCUAUGGCCACUACACGGAAUGACACUACCGCUGCUUCUGCACGACUGCCAAAAAUCGACUUGCCUAAGUUUUCUGGAGACUAUUUGGAGUGGAUCCCUUUUCGCGAUAUGUUUCUAUCGCUGGUACAUAAUAACGACGCCUUAACACCGGUACAAAAAUAUUUUUAUCUAAAGGGAUCUUGCAUCGGCACACCUAAAGAAAUGGUGGAAGAAUUUCCAGCUACGGAUGCCAGCUAUGAAACUGCCUGGGCUGCCUUGGUAAGUAGGUUUCACAACAAAAGAAAACUAGUGGAUCAAAUUUUAAAAAGGCUCGUCAAUGCACAAAAUACCGAUGGUGGUUUACAAAGCGUAAAACUGCUGCUCGACCUCACUCGCAACAGCCUUGCUCUACUGAAAACUUUAGAAAUAGACACCUCUAGUUGGGAUCCCAUGCUAAUUUUCUUGCUCACUCAAAAGCUUGACAGACAAAUUAGAAAAGAAUGGGAGCAAUCUCUAAAUGGUCGCAGUGAAAUUCCUCCAGUACAAACUUUCCUUAAGUUUCUCGAAACUACUUAUCGAGCGCUUGAAUUUAUCGAAGAAGAGGACACAUCAAAAAAGGUUGUGAACCGCUCGUACAGCGACAAACAAAAACAACACAAACCUGCUCGCAGACAAUUACAUGCUAAUGCAGCUACUACUACCGCCAGUUCAGCAUCGUCAAAUUAUAGCUGUCCCUGUUGUCAAAAACAACAUCUCUUGUACAAAUGUUUUAAAUUUUCUGCACUACCUGCUGCUGAAAAGCAGAGCUUUGUCCUACAACAUAGGCUAUGCCUAAACUGUUUAGGUAAGGGUCAUACAUACAGUGAGUGCGAAAGAAAUUCCCGCUGCCAGGCCUGUAAGCAGCCGCACCACACUGUUAUUCACAAUGCAUUCGCUCUUCGCAACAAUAAAAAUGACGAACACAAACUUUCUGCAAAUCUCACAACUACUGCUCAAAUUAUGAAUGCAGAAGUGCACUCUGCGACUACUAACGCUCAAGUCUUACUCGCUACUGUACGGGUGAUUAUUGAAACACCUGAGCGACAAUUUCACUUGAAAGCACUCGUUGAUCAAGGCGCUCAAGCCUCAUUCAUAACAGAGGACGCCGCUCAGUUGCUCAACUUGCCAAAACGAAAUACCAAUGUUAUUGUAGCUGGCAUUGGUGGAGCAAAUGCUUUAAUUGCUAAAAGGUCUCUAACUCUAUGCUUGCGCUCACAAUAUGAAAAAGACUUUAAAAUGGACUGCACCGCGUUUAUUUUGCCGAAAUUGACAUCAUACAAACCAUCGCCUUAUCACUUGCGCGGUAUGCCAAAUUUAUCCGGCAUUUUUCUUGCUGAUCCAACCUUUGCUUUGCCCGUCAAUAUCGACCUAGUUUUAGGCGGAGAUGUAUAUGGCGAUAUCUUACUCUCUGGCAUGAAAAAGUACGAACGUGGCAUUUUCCUACAAGAAACUCAUUUUGGAUGGAUGAUUUCUGGUCCAUCUACUACAACUCCUUCACAACAAAUUUUGCAUACAAAUUUAUGUACUCUAGAUGAUCAGCUUCGUUUAUUUUGGGAACAGGAGGAACUGCACGAAGAGCGCCAGCUCUCUUCCGAAGAGACAGCCUGCGAAAACCACUUUUUGCAAACCUACAAGCGGGAUAAAUGCGGCCGGUAUACGGUUCACUUACCUUUUAAAACCCUAUUUGCACAGGGUAAGCUCCCAGCAUUUAGUGGCACCGACUUUAACGCUGUUAAAAGACUUAAGCAGCUAGAAAUGCGAUUCAAAAAUCAACCUAACUUUGCAAAGCUUUACAAAGAUUUUAUGGCAGAAUAUCUAAGCUUAGGUCACAUGCAAGAAGUCGGCUUUUAUCCAGAAGAUCUGCAAGAAAAUUCAUAUUUCUUUUGCCAUCAUGGUGUCUUACGGCAAUGCAGCAGCACCACCAAAUUGCGCGUUGUAUUCGACGGUGGGAAUCGUUGUCCCCCUCAACCUUCUCUCAAUGAUGAACUUGCUGCAGGGCCGGCAUUGCAAAGUGAUUUGUCAAGUAUUAUUUCUCGAUGGAGAAGUCACAAAAUAGCUUUUACAGCCGAUUUAGAAAAAAUGUUUAGGCAAAUCAACGUUUGUAAGGAACAUCAAAAUUAUCAGUACAUUCUCUGGCGAGAGGAUUCUACAAAGCGAAUUAAAAUAUAUAAACUUUGCACUGUCACUUAUGGGACAACUUCUGCUCCGUAUUUAGCGAUUCGUGUUCUACGCCAACUAGCCACUGAUGAGCAAACAAAUUAUCCUCUCGCAAGCCAAGUGUACUUAAAUGAUACCUACGUUGACGAUAUUAUAUCAGGUGCAGACACGAACGCGGAAGCAAUCGAGCUACAACAACAACUCAGCAGGCUGUCAUCUAGUGGCGGAUUUAAUCUUAGAAAGUGGAACUCAAAUUCUGCCGUGUUGCUACAAACAAUUCCACCUGACAAUAAAGAGAACGCCAAUUGGAUUGAACUUAAGGCAGAGAACCUCGUAAAAGCCCUUGGUCUUUUUUGGGACACGAACGAAGAUGAAUUCUCUUUCAAAAUCAACUUUAGUUUUGCUUCCGCAAUAACUAAGAGGAGUAUGCUCUCUGAUGCGGCCAAAUUAUUCGACCCACUUGGUUGGCUGGCGCCUACCACAAUUAUCGCUAAAAUCAUGUUCCAAAGGUUAUGGAUGGAGGGACUAGAUUGGAAUGACCCACUUCCAACUAAAUUAAAUGCUGAAUGGUUGCAGUAUCGAGAUUCUCUGCAUGAACUCGAAAGCAUAAAGAUUCCAAGGUGGUUUGGAUGCAACAAAUUUAACAAAAUUGAGUUGCAUGGUUUCAGUGACGCCUCACAGGCUGCCUAUGGGGCAGUUGUAUAUGCGGUAGUCUAUAACAACUCAACUAUUUCCGCAUCACUUAUUCAGUCAAAAACUAAGGUAACACCGCUCAAAACUGUGUCAAUUCCGAGACUGGAAUUAUGUGCGGCGGCGUUACUGGGUAAACUCAUGGCGAAAGUGAAAACCUACUUCCACGCGGAUGCACCUGUUUUCUAUUGGACCGACAGCACAGUGGUUUUGAGUUGGAUACGAUGCCAUUCCACGCGCUGGUCCGUGUACAUCGCCAAUCGCGUAGCUGAGAUUCAGCGCAUAUCUGAUGUAAGUCAGUGGAGGCACGUGCGUACAAGCGAGAAUCCAGCGGACUGCUUAACACGCGGUCUGACUCCAAAAGAGCUUAAGGCACAUACUUUGUGGUGGCUUGGGCCGACUUGGCUUACUGGGCCAAUAUCGAACUGGCCACACGAGAACUUAACUUUCGAAACUUGCUUAGAAGAGCGAAAAUCAUAUAUCGCUUCUCACGUAACUACGUUAGCUGAAAACUCUAUGGAAGACCCCGAUUUUAUUUGUAAAUUCUCUUCGCUCUCUCGGCUUGUGCGCGUCACCGCGUAUAUUCUACGCUUUUAUUAUAACUUAAGAGCAGCGCUGCAGCAACACAAAAUAGAGAACAAUUUAUGUGAGACGGGCUUUCUAAAAUCACGCGAGAUUAAACACGCACUCGCUAUAAUAAUCAAGCAGGUACAGCGCAUUGACUUUACCCAAGAGAUACACUGUUUGGAAAAUAAGCAAGCUCUUAACAAAAAGAGUAAAAUUCUUCAAUUAGCUCCUUUUCUGGAUGGUGAUAACUUGCUAAGGGUCGGAGGUAGAAUUUCGAAGGCGAAAAUUACAUUUGACGUCAAACAUCCAGUGUUAUUAUCAAAACAAUCGUUUUUAUCGUUUCUAAUAUUCACAGACGCUCAUCACCAAACUCUACAUGGCGGCGUUCAGCAGAUGCUUUCGUUUGUCUCUCAACGUUACUGGAUUCUAUCAGCGCGCAGCUUAGCAAAAUCCGUGCUCCGUAAAUGCGUAAUCUGUUUCAAAUACACAGCGAAGGUGCAUCAGCAGCAAAUGGGAAAUUUACCUGCAGUUCGUCUUCAACCAACUAAACCGUUUCAGCACAGUGGACUCGACUACGCUGGUCCCAUAACACUAAAGCUUUCACUACUUCGCAAAGCGGCAACCACAAAGGGCUAUAUCUGCCUGUUCAUUUGCAUGUGCACGAAGGCCAUACACCUUGAAGUAGUUUCAAGCUUAAAUACUGACGCCUUUAUCGCCGCAUUUCGUCGCUUUAUAUCAAGGAGGGGUCGAUGCAGCGAUUUAUACUCUGAUUGCGGUACUACGUUCGUAGGGGCUAACAAAGAGCUAAAGAUUUCCUUUCAGCAGCAAAAGGCUUCGCUCCCCGAACAUCUUGCUGCCGCACUUGCAAAUGAAGGUACGACAUGGCACUUCAUUCCGCCCGCUUCACCAAAUUUCGGAGGCUUAUGGGAAGCGGCGGUUAAGUCGACUAAACAUCAUCUAAGACGAAUAAUGCGAGAUCGGGUGCUUACUUUUGAAGAACUUAGCACGCUUCUUGCACAAAUUGAAAGUUGCUUGAAUUCUCGGCCACUCUGCCCAUUGUCAGCAUAUCCCACUGAUCAUCAAGCGUUGACACCUGCACACUUUCUUGUAGGUGAACCCACAACUUGCGUCUCAGAGGAGAGCCUGCUUGACUCUAAUAUCGACCACCUGACCCGCUGGAAACUAGUUGAGCGCCUAAAGCAACAUUUCUGGCAUCGAUGGGCUAACGAAUACUUCACACUCUACAAACUCGCACCAAGUGGACACAAGUUCAAAAAAAUCUUCGCGUCAACGACAUCGUUUUGCUGCAACAUGAGCGUAGCGCUCCUGGCUAUUGGCCGUUGGCGAGAGUGCAUGAGAUACAUCCCGGUGCAGAUGGUCUAG